UCUCCAUGUACACAAUAUCAAUCUGCUUUCUGAAUAAGGGGUAUUUUUUUUUAUAUGGGGAUUAUUUCUUCUUUUGCAGCUACUGACUCGGGACUGAAUCAUGGUUCUUAAGGGCUACUGCUUCUGGGCCCUCCUUCUGCUGCUUUUCCUCCCAGCCGCUUCCUUCUUCCCCUGCAGAAAUGCCUCAUCCUAUGAAGACUUCGUGAGAAGGCACAUAGACUACCCCAAAACCGACCUCCAGAAUGACCACAACUACUGCAACCGGAUGAUGCGCCGCAAGGGCUUGAAAUGUCAAUGGAGCAACACCUUCAUCCAUGCCAGCAGAGAACGGCUGACUGCCAUCUGCACAUCCAGAGGAAAGAAACUGGAUGGCAAUCAGACCAGCAAAAGCCUGUUCCCGAUCACCAUCUGCAUCAAAAGUAACCAACGCAGGACAAUCUUCUGCAAGUACAAAGGAAAGAGUAAGAUCAGGAAAAUCCGAGUCACUUGCUCUAGGGGCCUUCCAGUCCACUACAUUACCCAUGCUUGAAAGUAGGAGAGAAAUGUGGCGGAACCAAAGAUCCUAUUCUAUACUGCUUUGGCAACCUUCCCUCAUGUAUUCUGCUCUCCCACAUCUGCACACACGCAGACUGAGCUGAGUGCAUUGCUUGGCAUAAGCAGUUUUCUCCAGUUCAGGCUGCAGCCUUCCUGAUUAAUCUGAUUUUCCUUUACCACCAAGUACAGCUUGGUUUCAUCAGUCUUCAAAAGAUCAGCCACAAUAGCCUUGGUAGUGUCUUUAAACUCCACGUGUAUCCAUGCAAAUAAAGUUGCA